GGGUGUAAGCAGUUUCAGACGAACAGGCUCCACUUAACCAAAACAAUGUUUGCAGAUUUGGACUAUGAUAUCGAGGAAGAUAAGCUGGGGAUCCCCACUGUACCUGGGACAGUGACCCUGAAGAAGGACUCGCAGAACCUGAUCGGGAUCAGCAUUGGGGGAGGAGCUCAGUACUGCCCCUGUCUCUACAUUGUCCAGGUGUUCGAUAACACUCCAGCAGCCGUAGAUGGCACCGUGGCAGCUGGUGACGAAAUCACAGGAGUGAAUGGGAAAUCCGUCAAAGGGAAGACCAAGGUGGAGGUGGCCAAGAUGAUACAGAUGGUAAAGGGAGAAGUGACGAUACACUACAACAAGCUGCAGGCCGACCCGAAGCAGGGCAAGUCUCUGGAUAUCGUGUUGAAGAAGGUAAAGCAUCGACUGGUAGAGAACAUGAGCUCGGGGACAGCGGAUGCCCUGGGGUUGAGCCGAGCCAUACUGUGCAAUGAUGGACUGGUGAAGAGAUUAGAGGAGCUGGAGAGGACUGCAGAGUUAUACAAAGGCUUGACAGAGCACACCAAGAGUCUUCUCAGGGCCUUCUUUGAGCUAUCCCAGACACACAGAGCAUUUGGAGACGUUUUCUCUGUCAUUGGUGUACGGGAGCCACAACCAGCCGCCAGUGAAGCCUUUGUGAAAUUUGCUGAUGCCCAUCGCAACAUUGAGAAGUUUGGGAUUCACCUUCUGAAAACAAUUAAGCCGAUGCUCACUGACUUGAAUACGUAUCUGAAUAAAGCCAUCCCUGACACAAGGCUGACUAUCAAAAAAUACCUGGACGUCAAGUUUGAGUAUUUGUCUUACUGCCUGAAGGUCAAAGAGAUGGAUGAUGAAGAGUACAGCUGCAUUGCUCUGGGUGAACCCCUCUACCGGGUCAGCACUGGGAACUAUGAAUACCGCCUUAUCCUACGUUGCCGGCAGGAGGCUCGCACACGCUUUGCCAAAAUGAGGAAGGACGUGCUAGAGAAAAUAGAGCUCCUGGACCAGAAACACGUGCAAGACAUCGUGUUCCAGCUCCAGCGUUUCGUCUCCACGAUGUCCAAGUACUACGACGACUGCUAUGCCGUGCUCCGAGAUGCAGAUGUCUUUCCCAUUGAGGUGGACCUUGCUCGCACUACUCUCAACUAUGGGCAGAAGGACGUGUACACGGAUGGGACAGAAGAAGAAGAAGGAGGAAGCGAGAGAGAGGGUAGCGGGAAGGAGGACGCAAAUGGUGAAAAGCUCAUUGAUGAUGCCUGAGCGUGCCAGCACGGCCGGAGGAGAGACUUUGCAGACUGUUAUAAAAUCGUGUAUUUCACAUGGCG